GUAAGACUCCUUUGUUUAUCGGAGCUAUUUCUAUAUCUUCACAGUGUUACUGUCAGAGAUGUGUACAUGUGUACGCUGUUGUGAUGGUGGGAGGGGGGCACUUGUAAAACAGUGUAUCGGUUACUCUCCAAGCAGAUGUAACUCUCUGAUUUACAUUUUCUUCUUACGUUUUAUGAAAGCACAGCACAACUGAUUUUAUACCGUUUGUCGCCGAAAUAAAAGCCAUGGUUGGAUUGGCCGUGACCACUACUAUCAUCCUUCUUGUGGCUUCUCUAGCCAAUGCCGCACCAGCUUCUAAAACUAAAGAAUCUUAUGUCGAGAGCGAGAUACAAGUUGUUUCAGCAAGAAUAAAGAAGAGUAGAGCGAUUCUGCAUGACAUUUACGAUGACCUAAAAACGAUCGGCAAGCGGGUGAAAGAUUUUGAUAUCAAUAUGGAGAGACUGACUGUAAAUGUGACCGCACUGGACACUUUCUAUUCUAACUUCCAAUGGACGCCCGUGCGACAAAUUACUGGUACUGCAGCGACAGGCGGCGCUACUGGGAGUGUGGCCGUGCAAGACAUCCGUGAUUGCACAGAUGUCUUGGCUAGCGGUAACACCCAGAGCGGGGUGUACUCUGUGACCCUGGCUUCACAGGAGUCACCAACCCGGCUGUACUGUCGCAUGGAGGGCGACGACGCCUGGAACAUCAUCCAACGACGCUCGGACGACAGCGUCGACUUCGACCGCAGCUGGGACACUUACAAGAACGGCUUCGGUGACCUAGAGGGGAGCUUCUGGUUCGGCAACGACAACAUUCACCUGCUGACCAACCAGGGACAGUACAGACUCCGCGUUCGUUUAGAGAGGUUCAACGGACAGUCAGCACACGCUGACUACGACUUGUUCCGUAUCAAAGACGAGGAAAAUAAGUACCAACUGGAGAUUGGGUACUUCACCGGCGGGGGUGCGGGCGACUGCCUCUACUAUCACGCCUACAUGUCGUUCUCCACGUACGACCAGGACAAUGAUCAUGUGCCGUGGGGAUGGAGCUGUGCCGAAAACUUGCACGGUGGUUUCUGGUUUAAGGAUUGCGGACAGUGCAAUCCCAACGGGAUGUAUUACAACAGUGCGGUGAGAGAUUCCGGCGCUACUAGCUGGAACCCGUGGACGUACUACAUGGAGAGUCUGAAGUUCGUGGAGUUCGGUUUGCUGCGUAGGUGGAUUGACUGAUUACGGAAAACAAAUGUCUAAACAAAUGUGUGUGUGUGUGUGUGUGUGUGUGUGUGAGUGUUGUGAAGUUGACCAUUUUUCAUGACUCAUGACCUGUAGUUUGUUCAUGUUCAACUAGGUGGCGCUUUUAAUCUGUAUCAGAGCCAAGCAAAUAGAGCGCCUUCCACAUUGUACAGAUGCAAGACUACUUAGUGCAAGAUUGACAACGGGUGUCUGUGUUUUUGUGUUCCCUAAAGACCUGUGAAUGUAUAGGUUCAAUUCAAGUAGAUUAUCGUUAAUAAGUGAAUUCAAUUUCCUUUUGCAUGUAUGUCAUAAAAACGAGGUGGUAAUACAAUAAUGUUUGGACUAGUGGAUAACUUUUGGAUUUGAUUACUGCUUUUGUUGUAUUGAAUUACACAUUGAUGAUAAAAAUCAUAUGAUCACCACCAAGUUUUUAGAACUGUAUAUUCCUGAAUGUGUUUAAAUUAGGAACUACACUUUAAGCAUAUAGAAAAAAUACUAUAUAAUGUAGCAUUAUGUGAA